CCAAUCUGUUUUUUCGGAGAAUCCACAGAUCCAUAUUCCAAACCCACCACCCGAUUCUAUUUAGCCCCCAAAUCCUACCAUUUUCCCCAUUAGGGUUUACCAAAAUCCUGUCACAAUGUCAGCCGAUUCCGCGCCGCCGGUGGAUCAGAUGUUGGCCGUGGCCCUAAACGACGCCGUGGAAGAGGCCCAAUUCUCUCAGCGGGUCCUGAUCCGAAGCAUCAUUGGUCGCCCCGACGGCGGCGCGGCGCUGGCCGGGCGGACGGUGAGGGUUGGCGGCUGGGUGAAGACUGGGCGAGAGCAGGGGAAGGGCUCGUUCGCGUUUUUGGAGCUUAACGACGGGUCGUGCGCCGCCAACCUCCAGGUCAUCGUCGACGCCGCCGUGGCGCCGCUCGGCCAGCUCGUGCCCACCGGCACGUGCGUCCACGUGGAGGGCCUGCUGAAGGCACCUCCGGAGGGGACGAAGCAGAAGAUCGAGCUUAGGGUUCAGAAAGUUCUCGAUGUUGGGUCUGUGGAUCCGGCCAAAUACCCAUUGCCUAAGACCCGGCUAACUCUUGAGUUUCUGAGAGACUUUGUCCAUCUCCGGCCCAGAACUAACACGAUUUCUGCAGUUGCUCGCAUCCGUAAUGCUCUGGCCUAUGCAACCCAUACAUUCUUCCAGAAACACGGGUUUCUUUACAUCCACACUCCAAUAAUCACCACUAGUGACUGUGAAGGUGCUGGUGAAAUGUUCCAAGUUACAACCUUAAUUAAUGAUGCAGAAAAGUUGGAGAAGGAGUUGAUUAAGAAUCCUCCUCCCUCCGAAUCUGAGGUGGAAGCUGCCAGACUACUUGUCAAGGAGAAAGGAGAAGCUGUUGCUCAACUAAAAUCAGCCAAAUCAAGCAAGGAGGCAAUUAGUGCUGCUGUUGUUGAACUAACAAAAGCUAAAGAGAAUCUCUCAAAACUGGAAGAGAGAUUUAAGCUUAAACCUGGUAUACCUAAAAAGGAUGGGAAGAUUGAUUACUCCCAAGAUUUCUUUGCCCGGCAAGCAUUUUUGACUGUUUCUGGACAGCUUCAAGUUGAAACUUUUGCAUGUGCCCUUAGUAGUGUCUAUACGUUUGGUCCAACUUUUCGAGCUGAACACUCGCAUACUUCAAGGCAUCUGGCAGAGUUCUGGAUGGUGGAGCCUGAAAUAGCAUUUGCUGAUCUUGAGGAUGACAUGAACUGUGCGGAGGCAUAUGUGAAAUUCUUAUGUCAGUGGUUACUUGAUAAUUGCCGUGAUGAUAUGGAAUUUAUGGUCAAAAACUUUGAUAAGAGUGCCAUUGAUCGUCUAAGCAUGGUUGCUUCAUCCAACUUUGUCCGCCUUUCUUACACAGAAGCAGUUGCAAUUCUUGAGGAAGCAUCCAAAGAGAGACAGUUUGAGAACAAGGUGGAGUGGGGGAUUGAUUUGGCAUCUGAACAUGAACGGUACUUGACUGAAGUGAAAUUCAAAUCUCCUGUCAUUGUGUAUAAUUAUCCAAAAGGGAUUAAAGCAUUCUAUAUGAAGGUCAAUGCUGACAACAAGACUGUAGCUGCAAUGGAUGUGCUUGUACCGAAGGUGGGAGAGCUGAUUGGAGGAAGCCAGAGGGAAGAGUGUUAUGAUGUCAUCAAAGAAAGGAUACUGGAGAUGGAGCUGCCUCUUGAACCAUAUGAGUGGUACCUUGACCUUCGGCGCUAUGGCACUGUGAAGCAUAGUGGGUUUGGCUUAGGAUUUGAACGGAUGAUUCUCUUCGCCACUGGGAUUGACAACAUCAGAGAUGUGAUUCCCUUCCCUAGAUACCCAGGAAGAGCAGAUCUGUGAUUUAUAAUAGAAGUAUAAUAUCAAUAGCUUCUUUUCUUUCAUGCCACAUUGCUGAGUUAACUAAUUUGUUCUGAAAAAGCCAUUUAAGGCAUAACCGUUACGCUAUUUUGUCCCAAAAGCUAUUGAAUAUAGAAAAGCAUUGUAUGCCAUUUUAUAGUUUGUAAUGACAGUUCUGUGGACUUCAUUCGGCCCAAGAUUUAGCUAUAUCCUUCAGUUUAUGGCCUGUCUUGGGCGCGGAAUAGCUUUGGUUAUUGGUUUAUUGUGUUUA